UAUGCGGAGACUGUUUACUAUUUUAAAUUAUUUCCAUUUUCCCGCGAUAAGUUUUAAAUUGCCACGAAUUAAGGCUUUACACGCAAAAUUAUUACGCAGAAUCCACGCAAUACGAAAAAUACGCCUCGGGUGUCGGAAAUCAUCUUCGUAAGAAGUUUCCGAAUGCGCCUACUUUUGCUAGAUGUCCGAGUGUGCAUUCCGGUCAAGUAAGGUGCCGCCAUUUAUAAAUAAGUAAUAGGAAGUAAAACUUUCGGUCAUCAUGGUUCACUUUUGCGCUGUUUUUGCAUGCUCGAAUCGAUCUAAUAGAGAAAAGAAUAAACGGUUUUUUCGCCUACCUGCUGUCAAAAGUAAUGUGAAUGUCAACAAGAAGCAACUUCAACUUGAAAGGCAAAAGGAAUGGCUUCGACGAAUUCGCAGGGAAGAUCUUACGCCAGAAAAGUUUGCGAAUGCUCGUGUGUGUAGCGACCACUUCAUAUCAGGCAAACCAGCAGACCUACAAAAGAAAGAUGACCCAGACUGGGCACCAAGUCAAAAUCUUGGCCACAACAAUGUGAAAAAGAUAAACACAGAACGAUCGUCUCGCUACCAAGGGAUAAUUGAAAAGAAGAGACGAUCUGAAACUGCUAAUGCCCUUAUAGCAAUGUCAAGCAAGCAGCCCAAUGAGAUUGUUGAUAAAAUGGACACCUCUGAACCAAAGGAAAUGAAAUGUCAACACAGACUGAUAAAACUGUCAAUGAGCUGAGGUUACUUGAAGAUGAGGUGGAUUUUCUAA